AUGUCAGUCUCUUUUAAUUUUGAUUUGAAAAAGAAGAAAUCUUCUAAUAAGAGCAAGGGAAAGAAGAAACGAGACUAUGGUAAUAUAUUUGGAGAUAUUACACUGGUAGGUUCAUCUGUAAGUAAUGACAUAAAUGCCUCUCAGGUUAAUAAGAAAAGGCGAAAGAUUAAGAUAACAGAAGUUUCACAGCAUGAUUUAUCAAACGAACGACCCAAAGAGGAUGACCUAGUCAUUGUAUUAGGUGAGGACCAUGAUGGAAAGGAUAUACAAACUGUCACAACUUUAAAUGAUUACAAAUCUGUUCCUGUUGAGCAAUUUGGUAGUGCAAUAUUACGAGGGAUGGGAUGGAAUGGUAAAUCCGAGAAUGAUACAAAUAAUAAAUCCGAAGAUAUUUUAAAGUCUGCACAUGUGGAGGGCCUAGGUAUUGGUGCUAAAGGUGAUACUCAGAUUACUGACACACAGUCGUUCAUGCCACUCAUUAAAUUAGACAAGAAAGAUGGUAAAAAAAAAUCAUUUGCGUAA